AUGCCUGGUCUGGAAAUUCCGGGCGAGUUUUUGCGACAUGCUGUUCUAGAAACAGUUGUACCUCAUGCUCCAGGGCUUGACUUAGAGGGAGCAUUGACCUCCGCAUUGGAAGAUGGUGCCGAUGAUUUGCCCUCCGUGCUGGCCGCAAUCCGCCAACGUUCUGUUCUUUUCUUUGAUGAGACCCUUCCCGUUCGCAUUGUCCUCCGACUCUCCGACUGCACAGAGGCCCUUCUAAAGCACUACGCGCCUCGUCUGGAAGUUAAGCUAGAUGUCUUUGCGAUAGACCCGACGGAAUCUGUCGCAGAGAAUCCAACACCUACUCGGGAGGUUAUCUUCUCUGGCGUUGUGAGUACAGAUGAGGAGCCACUAGUCAUUUUCAAUGAGUUUGAGGGCGAAGACGGUGGCACUGGGAACCAUGUCUACCUCAUAUGGAGCAUCGACAGCUUCUUGAAACGCCCUCGCAACCGCAUUCAGCACCCCUCGCUCUUGUUCAUUGGCUCAGCAACUUUAAACCCUUCAGAAGGCUGUCGAACAGAAGACCCCGAAGAUGAUUACCUCCCGCCUCUUAUUCCUGCGUCAACAAAUAUGUUGCAGUCCUUGGCAGGAGAUAAAUCUCCUUCCCACAAAGAUCCAUUCCUCCCAGCAUCACGCUUGCUACGUGUCGUACCUACAGCAUACAACGAAGACCCCAUAUACAAUAUCCAACAGCAGCAUGGCCAUCCAUUCCGAGUCGUUCCUGCAGCAAGUGCUAGGAUCCGAUACUCAAGACUCAGCUCUUACACGGGCAUUCCUACGACCGUUGCUAGCCUGGAUUUUGAGGUAACGCCCUUCCUAAAUUGUGAAGUCUCGUUCGAUAAAGCAGCACUCAGUCUAUCUGAAGGAACUAUCGAGUCUAUGUCAGAUGUUCCAGGCCUUGCUCUUCCCUUGACAUGUCGACCUAGAGAUGAUGUGACAUUGGUUUACAAACUCACCCCAGAGUAUGGCCCGGAGACGAAUCCGUCAUCUACCGCCGUGAUGAGUGUGCUGGACAUCUCUUUAGGUGCGGUGAUCCUAUUGUCCGACGAUUGUCACCCGAGAAUCUCUAUGGAAUGGAAGACAAACGUGGACUUCUCACUGGCGCUAAACCCUACAUUUGGCGGGCCUAGCACCGCAUUGCAGAGGAACAAUCGUCCAACAAGUCUUUCCAUGUCAGGUCAGUCUGUCGCGGCCACGGCUGCCCGAAGCUCUUUGCGAGAGCGAGCUUAUUCUGUUACAGAUGUGGGAGUUACAAUCUCCUUUUCCGGCCCGAGCAGAGUCCAAGUUGGAACACCAUUUUCUUGGGGUGUUUUCAUCGUGAAUCGAUCCAACAUACCCCGUAAAUUUGCAUUGAUGGCCAUUCCGCGCCGUAAACGUGUUGAUCCGCGAGGUCAUGUUGCGCGUCCCUCUUCUGCUUCUAUCUCUAGUCGGAAAGAGGACAAUGUGGCAGAAGCAGUGACUGAUGACAACAUUGUACAUGCCAUGCAAAAGAGUAUGGUAGGCCAAGAGGCUGAGUUGAUCAGCUUAAGUACCGAUAUCCGAGUGGGACCGCUAUUGCCUGGAACCUGUCACUCCACUGAAAUCAAGUUGCUACCUCUUGCAACUGGACCUCUUCACUUGGAGGCUGUACGACUUGUGGAUGUAAAUACGAAUGAAACGACUGAUAUCCGCGAUUUGCCGGAUAUUUUGGCUGAUGACCAACCUCGAUCCUAG